CCAGCCUGUAUGGUUGUUAACACUAUUAACACCCGCAGCGUACAUCAUCCUUCAAGUGUCUCUGCUGACAGAUGACCGCAAACGAGAUGCUUGUAAGCGUCUGCUGGAAUGGAAGUUCCACACAGAUCUCUCCAAUGCACGAAAGACUUGUCCUAGAUCUAUCAACGAUUCUGACGAGCUAGAUCUCAGUUGCAGAUCUCGCGGAGAGAAGCCUUCUUGCUGCGGUCGAAAUGGACACUUCUCAACCGCAGUUUCGUCUCCGUCAAACUCACGGCAUAGAGUCAGCGGUAAGCGCUAGAUGCCGGGGUGACAACUUCGUACUCCGUGUGUGCGAUCGGUCAUUGAAAACUACUCCAUCAGCUUGUCUUCCCUCUUCUACCAGGGAAUGUCUGGUAGCGACCAAAACCUGUUGCAAGUUAACCCAUUUGAUCCAGUCAAAUCACAGAUGAACCCAUAUCUCAGGUUUCACGAAAAUGUGGCGGGCUCGAUACCGUCCAGCUGCUGCUUGGUGGGGUCCUCCUGCACACGCUGCUGGUCGGUCACGGUAUGAACAGCUACCUGAUUCUCGAUGGAGAUCCCAUCAUGGCUGGAGGCAUCAGACCCAACCCAGCGGUCACCACUUCAGACGUGCUCCGCCAAGGCAUUUCUUCCAACACCACCCUCCAGAGGUGCCAGCUCAAGAGUCUUACCCAGACGAGACCGAACUGGAAGAACAGCCCCCCUCGAAAAGCGAGAGCAACCGGCAGAUCAAAGCGUAUGACCAAGCCGAAGCUGGGACACCGUGGCUCGGGGGAGCCGGAAGACGCUUCCCCAUCACAAGCUUCAUAUGUCUUGCAGUUAUCCUCGCGGCAACUAUCAUCGUUAUCGUUGUUCUCCUGGAAGCCGAGAACAAGGACAUCGACACCUGGUGUCCGCCAAAGAUCAUCGUCUCAGGAGCAUCAUGCCAUCGAUACGGCAUCAGAGUAAGCACGGUCAUCGCCGUAAGUUCGUUCAUUUCAGUCAAAGCAUUGGCCAUCAUGUUCAUGGAAGGCGUCGCCAUAUCAUGGUGGGUAGAUGCUCUAGCCGGUCAGAGGAUCAAGAACCUGCACUAUCGGUGGAAAAUCAGCCAGUCUUUCAUCUCGGGCACCUUCCGCGCGAGCUGGAGUUGGAUCGUCGUCGCAAGUUUCGCAGUCACCACAUUCGCCGCCUUAGAAGCACUUAUGCAAAUGGCGAGCUCUUCGGCAACCGCCUUCUCGACAUCGACCGCCGACAUGACAGCGACUCUGGCCGACUCGCUACCAGCCGGAUUCUCCGGGGUGAUCGCGGCCAUUGGCCACGACGAGUUCGGGACAGUGUACUUUACUCCGCCGUUUAUCGACAUCCUGCAAAAUCACAGCAGUCAGACACCCAUCUUGCUCGACAUGCAGGGCUGCGACACCACGGCCAAUGCCUCCUGCGCAACGACCCUGACGGGCGUCGGCUUCCACUACACAUGCAACGCCAGCCGCAGCGCGUUGCAAACACCUAUUUCCGACUCCGACAACGGCACGGUCUCACAACCCGAGAACACUGUGUUUGAGGUCACGUUCAUCGAAGACCUACAGUCCACUUGGGCAUUGUACAUGAACCUGGCAUGGCAAGACUCACCAGGCUCCGAGGGCGAUGUGAUCGCGAACCGCAACUGCACUCUCGUCCCUGCGCUGGUCGAAUACCCAGUUAACGUAACGCAGCGGAUCGUCACGCUACAACCACCCAAUUCAACCGUAAACUGGACUUCUGGUAAAGGAUCAGUAAACGACAGCAGCACAUACGCAGUCGACAGGGUCCUCAACGACCUCCCAAUCCCAUCCUACGACGCCGCGGUUCAAGGAUCCGUCAAUCUCACGCCAGGCACGCACAGCACCCUAGGCGGCAUUGCCCUCGCGUUCCAAACGCUCUUCGACAGCAGCAUCAGCGUCAAAUCCGACGUGACAGAUUCCGGCAGCGAAGUGUCUAUCACAGGCUCCUUCGCAGCGGCCUUUGCUCAUUUCCAGUCCGGCACAGGGAGUAUCGACGACACUUUGAACAAUACCUACGCCUCGCCCGUGGACUCGCUGCUCAGUAAUAUCAGGGACAUCAUGUUCCGCAGCUCCGUCGCCAUCGCGGCGCAGAACAUCACUAGCUUUGCGCGGACCAACAGCUCCAGCAACGAUGACGGGUCCGACCACGAGACCUCCGAAGUGCCCGCGAAAGCCGUGACAGCACAGGGAACGUACCAGCUGUAUCACACCGUGUACAAAACGAACAAGACAAUGCUGGGCAUCAGCGUCACGCUUGUGCUGGCUGCUGUCUUGUCCAUCCUCCCCUUGUUCUGGGGCUUCUGGCAUCUAGGACGGAAAGUCAGCCUGUCGCCUAUCGAAAUUGCUAUGGCAUUCAAAUCCGCGCAUGUGGACGGCCAGUCAAAGGGGCAAGGAGACGCCGAAUUCUUGCCCGACUACGGCUCAAAUUUCAACGCAAAAGAGUUGGUCGAUUUGCUGGGUGAAACUGAUAUUAGGUACGGUGAGAUCGCGCCGAACAUGUUGGGUAUGGGAUUGCGGCAUUACACUAUGGCACCCAAGGAGGAGGAGUUGUGUUAUUGACAGAUGCCAUGGCAGAUGAAAUAUGUCCUUAUACAGAAUACCAUGGUUGAGCAUUGUCAAGAGCCUAUUUUUCACCAUACACGAUAUGGCACUAAUCGAACAUUGGAACCCAAUUUGAUGCCAGGCAUAAAAUUG